CUUCAGUAGGUGUGCGCGCACAGGAGCUGAUGUUGUGAAGCGUGUUUUUACGAUCAGUUUCGCGCUCAAGGCUCUCUCCCUCUCUCUCUCUCUCUCUCUCUCUCUCUCUCUCUCUCUCUCUGUGUCUCACACACACAUUUACACACACACGCGCGCGCACACUCAGAUCACACCCGCGCGGGUCGGAGGAGCAGCGCUGCUUUUUCUCUCUCUCUCUCUUCAGGACUAAAUCCAGAGGCUUUUUUUCCUUCUCUCGGUUCUUUGCUGUUUUACCACCUCAGCCUCUUCUCUUCACACGCACACACAUUCAAUAACACACGCGGACACACACAUAGCCUCGCGCGCGCGGUGGUGUUGGUGAGCUCGCGGGGCUGGAGGAGGAGGUGGUGAGGAUAUGGCGCGCGGGACGGAGCUGCUGCUGCUGCUGGGACUGGCAGUAGUGGUGGGAAGUGUGGAGAUCCAGAGAGAGACAGAGCACGGAGUUUCUUAUUCAACGCUUCAGGGAAGUCUGGCUCAGGCUGAAGAUGUGACUGUGGAAGUUCUGAGGAGGAGGCGGUGGCUUCUGUCAGAGCCCCGCCCAAUGACCAACAACAGAGCCAGCCUGGAGAGUGUGGAGGAUUUACCUGGAUUGCUGGAAGACAGUGAAGCAGACAACAGCUCCCAGAUAGAGGAGGACACAGACCACAAUUAUUACACGUCAAAAACCUACGGCCCCAGCGACCCCAUGAGCAAAGAACUGUGGGUAAAUAUUGAUCAGAUGGACAAGGAGAAAGUGAAGAUCCAUGGAAUCCUGUCCAACACGCACAGACAAGCAGCGCGAGUCAACCUCUCCUUCGACUUCCCCUUCUAUGGACAUUUUCUGAGGGAGAUCACUGUGGCAACAGGCGGUUUUAUCUACACUGGAGAUGUUGUACACAGAAUGCUGACGGCCACGCAGUACAUCGCCCCACUCAUGGCCAACUUCGACCCCAGUCUGUCCCGAAAUUCCACCGUCAUUUACUUCGACAACGGAACUGCACUGGUGGUUCAGUGGGAUCAUGUUCAUCUCCAGGACUCGUAUAAUCUGGGCAGUUUCACCUUCCAGGCUACGCUACACAGUGACGGCAGAAUCAUCUUCGCCUACAAGGAGGUUCCAAUUCAGAUCGCUAAGAUCAGCUCUGUCAAUCAUCCUGUGAAGGUGGGGCUCUCUGAUGCAUUCGUGGUGGUCCACAGGAUCCAGCAGGUCCCCAAUGUUCGGAGGAAGACCAUUUAUGAGUAUCAUCGUGUGGAGUUGCUGAAGACCAAAAUCACAAACAGUACAGCUGUGCAGAUGAUGCCUUUGCCUACCUGUCUGCAGUUCACAAGUUGCUCCACCUGCAUGGCAGCAGAGAUCAACUUCAACUGCAGCUGGUGUCACCGACUCAACAGAUGUUCCAGUGGCUUUGAUCGCCAUCGGCAAGAUUGGGUGGAUAACAGCUGCCCAGACGAGACGAAAGACAACACAUGUGACAUCAACACCACUCAGUUCCAGACCUCCACCACAGCGACAGUCACAAAGACAACCACAAGAAACAGACUGGCUACAGAGGCUGACUCCACCCAGACCACCUCCCACCCCCCCACCAGCGCACCUACUGAAGAUGACACCAAGAUUGCCCUUCAUCUUAAAGACAAUGGAGCUGCAGCAGCAGAGAGUACAGCAGAGCGGGAAACACACCCUCUCCACACAGGUCUGAUUCUGGGGAUGCUGAUGCUGAUGUUAGUGAUGGUGGUUGUUGUCCUGGUGACCGUGUACAUAUACCAUCACCCCAGCUCUGCCGCUGGACUCUUCUUCAUUGAGAGACGGCCAAGCAGAUGGCCUGCGAUGAAGUUCCGCCGGGGUUCAGGUCAUCCUGCGUACGCUGAGGUAGAGCCCAUCGGCCAGGAGAAGGAAGGAUUCAUAGAGUCCGAGCAGUGCUGAGGUCCCACCCUGUAACCUCGAGAGCCCAUACACUGCCCUGCUUCCUCCUCAACUCCACUCAUCCACGUCCAAACUGUAAUCGCCCGUUUCAUCAGCCCUCCAAACAAAAUGAAACGACAGUACGGAGCUAAUACACGGUUCCUGAGGAUUAAACAACAAUAACACAGCAAUCUAGUGUUUCAACAGCUCGACAGUAAUAAAACGAGCCUCGAGUAGAGGAAAGAAAGCCCUGACUCUGGAGCAGACGGAGGAAGUUUGGCCUUCGUAUAGUUUUUUUUGUUUUGUUUUGUUUUUUAACUGCAGGCUGAGCUCCAGAUCUGACCUAGGAACCGCACUCACAGCCCACUGGACCCCAUUCUGACCUUGGAGCAGAUGAGAACUGAAACCUGAGCUUUGCGUUCCACUCGGAUAUAUAUGUCCCUUCCUUUCAGCACAGAGGAAGAUGUGCUUUUAAAGCGCUUUUAAAGGAAAAAUCAGAGGUGUACAUCUCCAGUUUAUGAUUAGGAAAACUUGAUUAGAAACUUUAUAUAUCUUUGCAAUGGGUUUCUGGGUGUUCUUUUAUUUACGUUGAUGUUUAAAGUAAUUUUUUUCUUUCUUUCUCUUUAAUUUUGAGUUUUUUAUUUUUUUUUGGAGGAGUAGUUUUGAAGCCUUUAGUACAGUUUUUUUUUUUUGCUUGAUUUUUUUAAUGCAGUUACGACAAAACUGAAGAACAUUGUGCUUUGUUUUCUGCUCUAACUGGGAAAGGUUUGCUUACUGUAACCGAUCUGCCAACAGUACAGCAUCGCUCCACUUUUCCACACCUAGAGCUAAAACCAUAUUUUACAUUUUUGCACAGAUCCUUUUAAUGCACAUAUAUUAUUUUUUUAUUUCUUUGGGAUUCCUUUGUGUUACUAAUGCAGCGUUACAAGACAGGCGCUUGUGAGAUUCUGUACUUUUGUGUCCUGGAUGUGUGUAAGUGUGCGUGAGCCUAUGUUUGGAUGCAUUUCCUUUUUCUUUUUUAUAUAUAUAUUUUUUGGAUUUAUAUUUUUGUGACUGAAUUCAUUUUCAAUCUAAAGGUAUAAAGGGUUUUUGGAGCCCUGCCAUAAAAAAACACUUUUGGUUGUGUAAAAUAAUUCUGUAAAUGAAUAUUUAAAGAACCUACAAUUGAUUUAAAGGUUCUUUGCCAAUGUUAAGGUACAUUACACUUGAUAUGGUUCUUUUUAUAGAACCAAAAGUAGUUCUUUCCUGGCAGUGCUUUAGGACAGACUGUGUUCAGACUGCAAGCACAAAUUCGAUUCUUUGCAUAUCUAGACUGCAAUCAGAUUUAUUUUUAUAGACUGGGCAUCAAAAACUGAGCUUCAAAUGUUUGCAUCUAGAUUGAUUUCAGAUUAUAUGGGCAGCAAGACACAUGUUUCUGACAUUUCUGCAAAAUAAUUGAAUUACAAUUCAGCAUUUGAUUCAGUCUGGUCUCUGUGGACAUUUUAAUCAGAUAAAAGUGUAAUUUUUAUCUGACAAAAUAUGACAAACACAUCCUCAUCAAAUACAGAGAUGAACUGACAGGGCACCAGUCCAGAUCCAGGUUUAGAGAUUUAAAAACAUUUCCACCUUUAAUGUGACCUUUAACCUCUAUAUCGUAAAUAAAAAACAAACUAAAAUAUUUAGGGGGAAAUUAUAAUGUAAUAAAACUUUACUGUGGUUGCAUCAGUUUGCACACCCUCUUAUAACUGGGGGGUGGGGGGGGGGGGGUGUGGCUGUGUUCAGAAUGAACCAAUUAACUUCAAACUCAUGGUAAGUAGGAAUCAGUAGACACCUUCCAUCAUUUAAUGUGCCUCUGAUUAACCCCAAAUAAGUCGCAUCUUACAGCAAAAGACAUGCAAGAGUCACUAAAGCAUCAGAUGGAUCUUAUUGUCAAAAAGCAUCAGUCUGGAGAAGGGUUGAAAAGAAUUUCAAAGGCAUUAGAUAUACCAUGGAACACAGUGAAGACAGUCAUCAUCAAGUGGAAAAAUAUAUAGGGCCAAGAACAGAACAUCCAUCCAAAAUUGAUGAAAAGACAAGAAGAAAACUACAAGGCUACAAUGAGGCCUACAGGUCCAUGGUUGAACAUUUUUCGUCAAUAAUUCCUAAAGAUACAUUUGGUGCACUGCACCAACACUGUACAUCACCAAAAGAACACCAUACCACAGUGAAGUCAUCAUCAUGCUGUGGGGAUGUUUUUCUUUAGCUGGUACUCGGAGCACCAUUCAGCACCCCCGACCAUGCAAAGCACCCUCUCUUGAGAGCAAGUACAUGUCGCCUUCUUGAUAAAAGCGGAGAUAAUACGCUUUAAUUUACUUAAGAAUAUGCACUAAACAUCACGGUUAUCUCAGUCACAGUUACAUACAUAGCGACAUCCCUGACAGGGGAUGAUUUUUGGGGAAAAAAAUAUCCACAGUGUUUGUUUACAGGAACGUUGCAUCACUGAUGUGAACAGUUUAGUGUUCAGUUCGCGGUUCGGAGAGAUCACACUAGUCAAAUAACUAGGCAUGGAUUACCUAGUGUGAGGUUACCCUUGAGUGUUUGAGUGUGUGCACAACUAUGCAACCACAUUAUUUUACUUUUUUACUUUUUACUUCUUCCUCGUAAAAAAACAUAAUUUGUUGCAAUUUGGAGGUUAUAGGUGAACAAUAUUGUAUUAAUAAUAUAUAUAUAUAUAUUUUUUUUACAUCACUAAACCUGCCAUUUUAACAGGGGUGUGUACACUUUACAUAUCCAGUGUAGAUACUGACGCCUACAUCGUCACCACAGCAUUCCAUGCAAAUAGGUUUGUUAUGUCCCCCUGACAUACAAAUCCAAUAAAUCUGAUAACUAGCAAAAAACAGUGCCUGCAGUCUGACCAUAACUAAAGAACCUUUUGUACCUUUAUUUUGAAGAGUGUACGACACACUGAAAGGAGAUUCUUCAUAUCCUACUGCAAACAUUACUGAAUAUGAGAUUCAUUUCACCACUUUUGACACUUUUGUGAUAAUGCGAGAUAAUGUCCUGCAAUAAACGUGCCAGUGACUGCUUCACUAAGAAUAUAUAUGGUUGAUAUAUGUCCAUAUGUAAUGACGUAUAUAUCUAUAUACAUACAUAAAUAUUAGAUUUGCAAAACUUUACCUUUGUUUGUAUUAAACAACUGGAGUGUUUAUAGGCACAGACAGACCGGUAAACAGCCUCAAGUUCAUCAUUAAUGUAGUCUAGACUUUCACUAUCUACACUAAGGCACUGAUGGGUACUGAACUCCAGGAAUCUUUGCAGUCAUUUCAAUAGCAAUAUACUGUCAGAAACUGACCAGUGACAGAUUUAAUACAUGUAUAAUGGACUGUAGUUAUAGCACCUGCUACUAAUUCUAACUGAGAUUAUUUAGAAGUGUUUGGGUAAUAUCAAGACCAAAGACCCUAAUGUUUCCACAGCAUCAGAACUACUGUCUUAUACCUUAUAUAGACACACACUUACAAACACUCACAAACACACAGGUUCAUUCAGACUCCUCCAGAGUUCUGGGAACUAAGGAUUAAGCAACAUGCAAGGAUUAAACCAAGUGUAAAUAAUAAAAGAAAUAGAUUCUGAUGCCCACAAACAAUCUAUAGAUUUGUAUUACAGCUAUUUGAGUACAAAUGUACAUUGUCACUGUCUUAAUAAAACAACACAUUUAUUUAUUCUUUUACUUUACUUUACUUUGGAGGGGAAUUUACAAAUGGAUAGAUUUACAGAAGUGGACCAAGUAUUUAAAGUUCUUAUUAAUGUAUGUUUGUGCCAUAAAAUGCCCAGAUGUAGUUUUAUUUCUCCAUUUACAAGCCUGUUAUUUGGCUUCAGAAUGAAACAAGCCGAUUUUCCAUGUAUGGUGGACUCAGGAAUACUUUGAUGAGCUCUGCUCUGAUUGGCUGGUUUACGUCAAGGCACUGCAAUGGCUCACAUAGAGUCAACAUGUCAACAUAACGUUAGCAUAGUCAGAACUAUAAACGUUUUUCUUGAUAUUAUCUCUGCCAAUGCAAUUCCUCUGCCAAUGUGAGGCUGGAGUUAGCUUUUAGCCUAGCAUUGAUGCCUGAUAAAUAAAACAAAUAAAUAAAUAAAAAAUGAAGGUAAAAUGUACUUUAAAUUACUAAUAAAAUCUGGAAAAAAUAGUUUGUAGCAUGUGGCUCAACAAUCCACAAAAGAACAGAUUUAUUGGCUUAUUUUUGCUACUGUGCUUGUGCAGAUCUCCACGAUAACGGGGCUUUUCCCACUUUUGAAUAUCAGUGUUAACCAACUGCUACACAAAGUGCUGAAGGCAGAAAUGCAGUGAGGGAACCUAACCAAGUAUUGGAACAUUUCAUGUUCAUUUAAACAUCUUCUGGCCAUUUAUAGGGUAUUUAAAUUACACAUUCAGUUCCCAGAUAAAUACAUUCCUCCAUUCUAGGGAACAUUUAAAGUUAGGAACAUGUUCCUUAUAUGGUUUUCUUAGGACAGUGACAAUAUACACAUUCUUUAACAUCUUAAAUGUAAACUUUUCUAUUUUACUACUCUAUUUUAAUACAUUAAACUGCUGAGAUAUGGUCAACAUAAAUCAUAUAUUGCAAAUAUAUUAAAUAAAUAAUACAUAAAUACGUUGGUUCAACUUCAAAUGUAACUGAUUACACAGUGUUUUUGGAUUUAGCUCAACUUAUUUUAGUCAAACAUUUUUGAGUUGCUUGAGCUGCAUGACAAUUUGGAAUGCUCCUUAAAUGUCUCCCUCCAUUUUGUACUGAACUGUUGCAUAAAUCCAGUAGAGUUUAGACUCCCCUAUCACUCAGUGGAAGAUUGUGGCACCACAGUCUUAACUGUAUUGUUUACUGCACUCAAAAACAUGAGUAAAGAGAAUGUGUGACUAACACAUCAGUACACACAGUGUCACUGAUGAUGAGCACUAACAGCUAUUUGAGCUCCCUUGUGGGAAAUCUUUUGCUUGGUAAACAUGUGCAAGUUUUGUUUUUUUACCAUCAGGUUUUUAGGUGCUCUUUGCCUCUAAUAGAAAGUUGAGUUAAAUAAAAUAAAAAAUGCUGUUAAAUCAGUUGCUUUGAUUUAUAUUCAGUUUAGCCAACAGAGGAAAUUAUUAUAUGAUUAAAUUGCAUCAGCUGCUUCUUUGCAUCUUUGCAUCAGCAAAGAUUAUUCACUAGUCCAGCAUUGAGUGUCAGUUUUUUGUCUUUGUUUUAUUUUAUUUUUUAUUUUUUUGUUCAUGACCUGUUUAACUGGACUCAUUUGACUCAUUUAGUUUCCCCCUAUCUCUGCAAGUGUAUGCUUGUGUGUGUGUGUGUUUGCUCACAUGAUAAUGAAUCCUAUAAUGGAUGACUAUUUUGUGAAAUAAUCGCAAAACAACGAGACUCAGACAGACGAGGACAAUUUUCCAGUCGACAGCAGACUUUGCUCUCAAUUGGAGGCACAAUUUGGAUAAUCAUGACAAGAAAAAGUCACGACCCGCUGAGAGCUGCUGAACGACUCGCCGAUGUAACUCUGCGUGCUCCUCUGUAACUACUGUCAUUUUGAUUACAUUUUAAAAUAAUAAAGUUGUUUAAACAAG